UAAGGUUGGCCUCAUAUAAUGGCCGUGCCCUCUGGCCGUGCAUCACAUUGUGCUGUCCCCACACACCACACGCCACUAUGGGGUGGCUUUUGAUUGCCGUGGCAACCUGUGCGCUAGCCUCCUCUGCCAAAGGCAACAAGUGGUGGUGGCAGUAUGAGGAAGGCAUACGACACUAUAGCCAGGAGGCUCUCCACAAGGAGUUUCCAGAGAAAACCAGACCGGUGAACUUCACACAUUCUCCUUUCCAAUGUCCUGACAUGAGUCGCUCGCCCACUGUCCCCGCAUCAGUUGAGUUGGUAAAGGCAGCGGACAUUAAAGUCAUUGCUGCCCUUGGGGAUUCUCUGACGACCGCCAUUGGUGCCAAUGCCACCAACGUCCUUGGGAUUCCUAUCGAGUUCCGUCACGUGUCAUGGAGCAUCGGGGGCCAUGGAUCAUACCAAGAUGUCAUUACACUGGCAAAUAUCGUAAGGCUUUUCAAUCCCAAUGUGCUUGGUGCUGCACCGGCCAAGACUGUCCAUGGAACCUCAGCCCCCCUCAGCGAAACAGGAUUCAACCUGGCCGUGACCGGACACAACACCUUUAAUCUACCAGGGCAGACCAGACAUCUCAUCGACACACUGAGAAACUAUGAGGGCCUGAACUUUGAUGCGGACUGGAAGCUACUGACCAUUCUCAUAGGCAUGAACGACAUCUGUGAUUACUGCAAGGAUAAGGUUCUUUUCUCAGUGGACAAUUACAUUCACUACAUGACGAACUCCUUGGAAAUGCUAAUGAAUGAGGUUCCACGUAUGAUUGUGAAUGUAGUUCAAAUCCUGCCCAUGGAAACCUUGAGGCAGGUCCAGAGGCCCACCCCAGGCUGCCUGCUCCAACGAUCAUUCUGUUCCUGCCUGAUUAAGCCCGGGGCUGGUUCCCCUGAACUGAAGGAGCUAGUGGAGAUCAACCUAGAGUUUCAGAAACGGCUGGAGCAGCUCCUCCACAGCGAUAGCUUCUUCAGGGAGGACUUUGCCGUUGUUCUCCAGCCCUUCAUGAAACAAGCAGACCCUCCUCGCCUCCCGAAUGGCAAGAUCGACAUGACCUUUUUCACCCAUGACUGCUUUCACUUCACCAUAAAGGGCCAUGAGGAGCUAGCUAAGGGGCUGUGGAACAACAUGUUCCAGCCAGAGGGAGGGAAGUUUAUGGUGUCAAGCUUUUCUGACCCCAUCGAGCUCAUCUGCCCACCCAUGGAUCACCCCUACAUCUACACUCGACCUGCCAAAAGAGGCCAGUCCACCAAACCCGUUGUCCCCAGGUCGGCUAUUCCAACGCGGGAAACCCUUCUUCUGUCUCCUCUUGUUGUCCUGGCUGGUAUUCUGUCCUGGGCCAUCACUGCUUUAGCCUCUCUAUAACACUCUCUAUAAUACUGUAAUAAACUUCUAUGUGGGGUGAAUAUAGGCAAUAUUGUCAAGUAUUGAACACAAGAGGGCCCACUGAACCUGGGCCUCUACCAACCCCUGUGUUCUGUGACCAUAGAGAAUGAUAGAGGCCUCUAGUGGCCAAAAGGCCUUAUAAGCAUGGGCAGCGCCAUUGAGGUCUUCUACCAUUUUCAUGUAGACAACUGGCUGAUCCCUCCUGGUGACCCUGUUGGAGUCAUGUCCAACCGGGUCAUCAGGAGGAAUAAGCUAAUUGUGAAGAAGAAAAUUGACUACUUCAAAAUGGAGAUGCCCAUGCUGUCACAGACACUAUAAUGGCACAGAUACAAAUAUAAGUUCUCUAUCUAUCUCUAUGGCUGUGACUGAGAAAACAAAAAGACCAACAAUUGAAAUCGGAUCUUGGAGAUGGACUCGAUAUGUCAGUGUAAUGUGUGCGUGUUGGUGACGUCCGAUACACACAGAAUGACACAAGCUGCUUUACAAAUCUAUCUAUCAUUGAGAGGGGGAUGGGACUGUCAAUAGGCAUUGUGCUUUUCCCCUGUGCUUUGGCAGAGCCUGUUCAUCAUUCAUCUAAUUGUGAACCCCUUCUACAAUAACAAUCCACACCAAACAAAAAGACCAGGUGAUGGCUAAAUUUAGCUCAUCUCAUGUUGUUUCAAUGGGUUUGCUCUGAGGCGAAUUAUUUUAGCAUUUUCUGGUUCCUUUAGACUAGAAUAGCAAGAACCGCAUAAUAAACAUUGAGUUGCAUUGAGAGUAUAAUGGGCUGGCUUUGAAAAUAGUGUAUUUAGGUGAACAUGUGAACUGUGAGGUCUUCCAUAGACUAUAGGCAUGAGAUAAUUUGUUUUUCGACGGGAAACCUGAGAAACACUUUUUGUCCCCCCCCCCCAAAAAGCCUUUUACAGAAGGACAGUUUGCAGUCACUGCUUUUGACCGUGCACAGUGAAUUUAAUUAAUGAUAUUUUUCCUAUUUCCUGACUGAGACAUAUUCAUACAUAUUCAAACUUAACUUUGUGUAUCUGUUUUAAAGGACAAUAAACAGUUU